AUGUCGUCUCGUCAAGGUGGUAAGAUGAAGCCUCUAAAGCAAAAGAAGAAGCAAGCCCAAGAUUUGGACCCAGAAGAACAAGCCUUUAAGGAAAAGCAAAAGGCUGAUGCUGCUGCCAAGAAGGCUUUGAUGUCAAACAUCAAGGCUGGUAAGCCUCUAGUCGGUGGUGGUAUCAAGAAGUCCAAGAAAUAG